AUGACUCCGAAUGGUAAGGAGAAACAUUACUUAUGGGACGAAGACGAAGAAGAAUACGAAGAAGCCAUCGUGGAUUACAUUGAGUCAUUAGAUGCAUCGAUAUCAGAGCCCGAGAAAGCGCUGCGCUUUUCAUUGGUUGAAGAUCCUAUCUGGCAGUUGCGAAUGGUUAUUCCCACGGAAGCGAUCCCGCCUCCACUCAUCCCACCUGGCCCAGGCAGCCAGCCAGCCGAGCCGAAAUGCUCUUAUGACGAGAAGCCCAGCAAGUCUACGAAACCGGACGUUCAGGAGCUUGAGAAAUUAGCGAGGAAAGCCCUCGGCGAUACGAUCCAUCGGCCAAAAAUCUCAACUGUUCAAGCCGGCCUUUUGCUUCUCCAAUACACCGACACCGACUCGGCGGAACUGACAGCUCAAUUAAUCAGCGUUGCUUAUGGUCUUGGACUGCAUCUCGAUGCUUCAAAUUGGAAUAUCCGGGCUGGGAGAAAGAUUUCCCGGAGACCAUCGAAGAUGAUCAAGAAGGUUCAGAAGGGUCGGAUUCUAUUUAGUCACAUGAUUACUCUGUCGGAGAUCCUGGCUGAUAUCCUCGACACUGUUUUCCCAGCAAGAAUAACCAGAGAAAUUGCGACCGCUGGCGCGAACGGCCUUGCCAUUAUCCAAGAGAAUGUCAAACCCGUUCAACUUCGAUUGAAGGAAUGGUUUCAAUCUUUCCAGACUUCACUGAAACCGCAACACCUAUUCAGUCUCUGGUAUUUUGCGUCCCCUCAGAGCUUCGCCUUGGUUGGCGUCUUUGGCACCUUACUCCUCUCUAUAGUAUCAAGCUUAGAGGAUGUAGAAUUCUACCGCAGAAAACUCAGAGAGUAUCGAUGGACACUUGAAAUAAACAGCGAGAAUGAGGCCCGAUACAUGAAACCUGCGAUGGCCCUGCUUGAUGCGAACUUGGGGUUGCUGAAAGAAGCCAGCCAAUUUGAGAAGUGA